GUGUAACGGGCCAUCAUUAAAUAUGGCGAAAAACCAUGGAGGAAAAAUUAUCCCGUUCCACUUUAACCAUGACACUUUCCCGUUCCACCUUAUAACGUAAAAAUUGGAGGCACUUUUGAAAUAUUUAGAAUUCUCUGCACUUUUAACUGAUACACUGAAAAUAAUUACAAUCACUAGACUCUAAACAUUCUCGGGAAUUCAGAUAACUAUAAAAAUAUUCACUAAAAGGCUAAACAUUUCAUAUUCUAGCCCUUUUUCGAGCGAUUCGUUUUCUCCAUACAAAAAUUGGUGCCACUAAAAACGUCUCAAAACGCUCGUUUUAUUCUACAUACCUCAAUAAAAUUAUAAUCACAAGACGUGCUGCAACCUGGAGAACCGGCAGAGUUCCACCAAAAGUCACAAAACUCGCGAUUUUCACAAAAACUUCACCCGAAAGUCGCGAGUUGAAAAUUUCCGCGAGCAAAUUUUUCUAUUGUUUGACACGAUUUAACACAACCAUCAGUUACAUCAGUAUUGGUAAUCAUCAAGAUUCUAUUCACAUCGUGUUGCCAGAAAUUGUAUUAGGGCAUUUGAUAAUUAAUUAUUUUGAUACUGAUAUUAGUGGAUAUUUUGUCUUCCUAAAUGUCGUAAAAUGUUUAUAAAAUUCAUUAAUUUAGUUUUCGUAUACAAAAAAUACAUAUAACGAGUAUACAAACCAAACAAAGUUGUGGAAAGUAAUUCAAAAUGAAAGUUUAUGAUAGAAGCUCUUUCAAUUUUGGCAACACUUUUCUCUGACAGGCGGACCGGCCACUUUUGGCACUGACAGUUCUGUUGUUUUCAUUUUUCAAAUUCGGACCGGUGCAACACAAAAGAGGAAAAAAUCCACGAAAUUAAUCGGGGUCGUUUCCGGCGAGGUGUACGUGAUCCGGAUCGACUUUUGACGGAUUAUUCUGCUUGCGGCGGGGUGUUUGUGUUUUUGUCGGCGGCCAAACUAUCGGACAACACGCUGUUCUACUACAUUUGUGGGAUUUGCUUGGGCAUUUUCGCCAGCUUUUUGGUGGUUUUCUAUUUGACCAUCAUGAUCUUCCCCCGGAAGUCGAUAAUGUACGGCGUAAUGCUGGAAGGAUGGACGCUCAGGUUCUACUCCGCCUACCGGGAGGCCACCACCGGAUUCUGCAUCGCCCUCUUCAUCUGUUGCUACUUCCCGCGAACCCUCCUGACCAGAGUCUGCUCCCUUUAUCGGCGUCGAUUCCCGCCCAAACGACGCCUUCUCACCGUCGAAGAGUUCAAUGAGCCAGGUGCCCGCGAAGUUUGCGGCCCAGCGAUCGGCCACGAAUGGACGUGUACCGGUAGCAGCAGCAGCAGCAGCUGGUGGUACAACGAGCACUCCGACGACGGCGCGACCAACGAUUAGCGGCAGAAGCAGUCGCAGCAGAAGUAGACAACCGGUUAACUUCCCUCUCGGGGGCGCAGUUGUGAGCUGACCAAAUCCGUGUCGUUUCUGAAGGCCGCUAGAAGCACGGAUUCAGGUGGAAUCCGGAAUGCUGUGCCCCCGCGGAUGUGUUGACGGAUAUCAGUUCCACAGGACACGUCGGUGACGUGCAAGGACUCGAACCCGAGGCGCCCCGUUGGUUCACCUGCCGAGGUGUUGACAAGAGCCAUCAGUUGCAGCUGCUGGACUUUAGACAUGUGGAACAGUAAGGAGUGACGUGUGGCGUUCUGUUCCGUUCUAAACGACCAACCGGAAGUGACAAGGCAUUUUCUACCAGCCAGGGCGAUUACGACUUGGUAAUAAUGAUCACACUUUAAAAGUUUGUUUCUUACUCCUUCAAAUGAAUGAAAUAAAUGAAAAAUUAAUAUUAACUAAAUCAAACGAAUUCAACCAAAUGCUUUACUAUAUUCAUGACAGAUUUCUAAAAAAUCCAUAAUGGAAAUUUAACAACAUACAAAAUUAGACCAUUUCAAAUAAUAUUGCAGAAUGCUUUUAUUUCUACAAA